GUGUGCUGCAGCGUGCAUCCUGUGAAUGAAUAUUCCCCUUCAUUGCCACUUACCAUCUGAGGAACAAUGUUGGACAUUGACAGCCAGUUUGCCAUGUUUGUAUGCUAAUUAGGAAAGUUACCAUGCGGACUGGUGGUGUAAAGCGUGGUGUGCGCAUCAUUGUGGUCGUAGUUGUGCUAAGCAUUGCAUGGAUUCAGCUGGCAUUACCUUCUCUGCCUCAUGAUCCUCCUGCUACUGCUGAUCAUGAAUCAUUAGAGCCUGACCCCAGUCUCAAGGGAUUUCUGCACAUGCCUCUGCAUGUGCUCAUGCAAAAGCUGUCAUCUGUGCCUGAAGUGUCAACCACUAUAUCGCUGCCUGCAGACAAGAUAUGGGAGAUCUGGGAGCAUAUCACAGAAUUUGCUGGGUCUGAAAGCAUUCAAAAUGUAGAGGUUUUUGGUCCUGUUCAGCCCAACACUGUUGUCAUUGUCAUUCAGGUGCACAAUCGCCUGAACUACUUGCGUCAUCUGAUUGUGUCCUUAGCAGAGGUGCGGGGUAUUGACUCGGUGCUCCUCAUUUUCUCACAUGACUUCUAUGAUGAAGCCAUCAAUCAGCUGAUAAUGAACAUUGACUUCUGUAUGGUAUUGCAAGUGUUCUACCCUCACACACUGCAGCUCCAUCCUACCAGCUUCCCUGGGCACUCACCAGGCGACUGCCCUCGUGACACCGACCGCAAGAUAGCAAAAGAGUUGCAGUGUCGGGGCAACCCAGACCUGUACGGCCACUACCGAGAGCCACGCUACACGCAAACCAAGAACCACUGGUGGUGGAAAGCUAAUAAAGUAUUUGAUGCGGUUUUGACGCCACUCAACCACUCCGGCUUGGUGCUGUUCUUAGAAGAAGAUCAUUACGUGAGCGAGGACCUGCUGCACAUGCUGACGCUGCUCUCGGCCGCCCUGCCUCACGCUUGUCCUCACUGCAGUCUCCUCACGCUGGGCAAUUACCUGAAGAACUACAACUGGCCUGGCGAUGCUAAGAAGGUGGAAGUUUCGCCCUGGCUGUCGUCUAAGCACAACAUGGGGUUUGCAUUCAACCGCACCACCUGGCAGAAAAUAAAGGCGUGCGGCGUGGGCUUCUGCACGCACGACGACUACAACUGGGACUGGUCGCUACAGCACGUGAGCAACACGUGUCUCCAGCAACGUCUGCACACCAUGGUACUCAGGGCCCCCAGGGUCUUCCAUAUAGGAGAAUGUGGCGUGCAUCAUAAGAAGAAGGACUGCAGCAGCAAGCUGGUGCUGAACAAAGUGUACCGCACUCUGCAGAGCGGACGACGAGCUUUGUUCCCUCUUAAGCUCAUCAUCAUGCAGGCGCCACCUAAAAAGAUAAAAAAGCACAAAGGGAACGGCGGGUGGGGCGACCACCGAGACCAGGAGCUGUGCAAGGCGUUCCUGACGUCGACGGGGCUGUUCAGCCCUCUGGUGCAGGAACCUAGUCCUCCUGAGCGGCCCGCGCCCCGUAACCGCACCCUGGGAGCUCCUAUCCACCGCACCAAUAGCACCUCUCAGCGACCUCCAAAAGACAACGUCUUCCCUGAUAUUCUCCCCAGGACCGGAAAAUCAUCGCGAGACAAGAACCCACACUUGAGCGAAGGUGGCGGCUUUAAGGAGAAACCUGCAAUUUACCAACACGGGAAAGCUGCUCGGUCAUCAUCUCGGGAUAAGCCUUACUUAGCUGAGCGAGGAUUUGUUGCACGAGUGUCGAGCGUGAUGCGGCAGCCGCAGGUCAUCACCGUGUCGUAUGACGGCUCUACCGACGACGGCUCUGACGUUGCAGCUGCUGUGCCUCACUACCUCGACCCACGACAUCCCCUGAACCCGAGUCACCACAGGCACGACCCCCUAGAUCCCGCAUCCCUGUCGCUUCAGAGUCUGAGCCACGAGGCCUCAGCGCCUGGAAUGCCUUUGGUGCAGCAAGUUCACAGCAUCGCACUAAACCUGCACCAUCCUGCGAUCGGGUCUGAAUCUGAGCUUCUGCGUCGUGGUCACCCGAUCGCUGCCAAAGAGGUCGACGACAGCGAUCAAGUCAUCACGUACGAGGAAGGCCGAGAUCUUCGUAUGCACAGGCGCAGCAUAUCUUGAUAGUCUAUUUUGCCAUAUUUUCCUCUCACUGUUUUGCCAUGCUUCUUUGGAAAUAGAUUUGCCGAAUAACACGCUUCACAUAUGCAUGGACAAAACUCAUUUUCAUUUUCUAUUAUUAUUAGUCGUUUUUAUCCGUUCUCAUUCUUUCUCCUGUCUUUUUAUUCUUCACUUGAUAUUAAACUUAUGUGUGACGUGCCCUCGAAGUUCGCUUGAACCAGGCGCCACGAUAACUGCUUCGUUGAAUAAUAAUAAUGAGAAUUUUUGAUAUUUCCUGAAUAUGUAGUAAAUUCAUUACUCGAGAUUUAAUUUUAUUUCUUUUGUUCUCGUGUUUUAUGUCUUUCAUUCGAAAUCUUAGAUCUAAAAGACACUUAAAAUUUUUAAUUCCUCUUGAUGGUUGCGCCGCAAAUUAUAUCCAGAUCCUUGCACUAAAGUUCUGGUAAUUUCGCCAGAUCGAUUUUUCUCUUCAUAUCUCGCUGCAGGAAUAUUAUUUUCUGCAUAAAAACUAGGUUGAAGCUUGCUAUAGUCGCAGCUGCAUUUUAUUUUUUUACUCAGUGACUUGUACAUCUGAUCUUGUUGCUUACGUGAUGAAGGACCGUCUCAUUUCAUGUUUAUUCUAAUUUCUUUGUACAAUAAUUAAUUGCGUCAUUUCUCAUUAAUUUAGGUAAUUUGACUUUUUCUAGUCCUGCGCAUGUUUUUUACAUGGGUUUUGCAUCCACUC